AUGCCUUUAGUUAGUAAAGAAAGGAACGCUUUCGAGGUCGACAGUGACGGGGGAAGUCCGACCCAAAAUGGGGAGAAGGCGGCAGACGAGACAGGGGCCAGCGCAGAUACGUGCGUAACACGCGAGACCGGAGCCGGGUCGGAGGUUAAGAAGAAUAAGGACAGAGAGACUGAAACUGAGCAGGAUGAUGAUGACAGGGAGCUUGAGGACUUUGAGGGAAUUUUCGUGUCGCCCGUGAGCCGUAACCUCACUGCCCUUGUUCGGUUGGAGAAGGACACAUUAGAAGAUGAGCAGCGAAAUGAUCCCAGUCUCAAAGACAUGCCGAUCACGUUGGGAGACGGAGCUGCGAAAACGAAUGUGUCAUUUUAUGUGAAGGACGGGUUGCAAUACCGAAAUUUCAAAGACAGUAAGGGUAGAUCGUACGAUCAAUUGAUAGUGCCGGAGAAGUAUCGAGAGGAUUUGCUGCAUCUGUGUCAUACUAAUGCCUGGUCAGGUCAUCUGGGAGUUACUAAGACUAAGGAGAGGCUCCUGCAAGAGUAUUGGUGGCCAGGUUACUCUAGAGCUGUAGUGGAGUACGUCAAAUCAUGUGACACCUGCCAGCGCGUCGGAAAACCAAAUAAGCGGUGCAAGGCACCUCUCAAGCGUGUCCCAUUGAUUGCCGAGCCAUUUCGACGGCUAGUCAUUGAUAUUGUCGGACCACUGCCGGUUACGCAGUCAGGUUAUAAGUACAUAUUGACCAUGCUGUGUCCCGCCACAAAAUUUCCAGAGGCAGUGCUACUAAGGCAGGUUAACUCGCCCGAGAUCGUUGACGCGCUAUUGGCAGUAUUCGCGAGAAUAGGGUUUCCGUCGGAAAUUCAAUCCGACCAGGGCACAGUGUUUACCAGCGCGCUGACUACAGAGUUCUUUGAGAGAUGCGGCAUCCGCGUCAUACACAGCUCCGUUUGUCACCCUCAAUCGAAUAGUGUAGAAAGGUGGCACUCUGUUUUGAAGCGAGUUCUUCGAGCGUUGUGUCAUGAACGAGUUGCCGACUGGGAGGCCUGCUUACCGGCUGCUCUUUUCGCAUUGCGGACCGCGUCGCAUGAAAGCACAGGCUUCAGUCCGGCCGAGUUGGUGUAUGGUAGGGCAUUGCGUUCGCCUCUGAGGAUGCUUCGCGAGAAGUGGGAAGGACACGGAGAAGAAACCACUGUCGUAGAGUACGUGAUUAACUUGCUCGAACGCAUGCACACGGCCCGGGAGACGGUUAUGCGCUACAUGGAAGCUGCCCAGAACCGCGGAAAGGCGUACUAUGAUAGGAACGCACGUUUGCGCAGUUAUAAGGAAGGUGACAAAGUGAUGGUUCUGAGGCCAGCCAGGCAGAACAAGCUCCAGGUUCACUGGGAAGGUCCUGUAGAGGUGGUGAACAAACUGUCGGAAACCAAUUAUAUCAUAAAGAUGACAGGGCGAAGAAAGGAACUGCGUAUUUAUCACACAAAUUUGAUAGAGCCCUAUGUAGAAAGGCAACAUGUGGAGAGUUUGGCACUGAAUGUGAGGGAAGAGAUGCCACUAGAUAUCCCAGAAAUUGCCAAAGAGUGCAAGUCGUACACGGUAGAGGAGGUGACAAAGAAAGCGGUUAAGAACGGGGAGCUUAACGAAAGCCAGAUGAAAGAUAUAGAAAUUUUGGUUAGUGAAUUUAUUGAGUUAUUCACCGACCGCCCCGGAAGCACAGACGCGAUCACACACGACAUUGAACUGACCUCAGAGCAGGUGAUCCGAUCGCAACCCUACCGAACAUCUCCAAGACAGAAAGAGAUAAUCGAAGAAGAGGUAAACAAGAUGCUCGUAUUUGGGAUAAUUGAGCCCGGCAAUAGCGACUUCGCUUCGCCCAUUUUGCUCGUAGAAGUUCCCGGUAAAAACCCGCGGCCGUGCAUCGACUACCGGCGAUUAAAUGCCGUCACAAAGGACUUAACGUACCCCAUUUCUAACAUAGAGGAAAGAGUUGAGAAAGUUAGUGGCGCCAAAUAUAUCUCAACCAUUGAUCUAGUGCGUGGGUACUGGCAAGUGCCUCUUACCGAUAAAGCCAGCCGCUACGCGGCGUUCAUAACGCACAUGGGAACAUUCCGCCCUCGCAAGUUGGCAUUUGGGCUGAAAAAUGCUCCAUUUUGUUUUUCACAGCUUAUGGACAGGGUUCUAAGAGGGCUGGAGAGCUACGCAUUGCCGUACCUAGACGAUGUUGCCAUUUUUUCUAACACCUGGGAGGAACAUCUCGCCCAUUUACGAAGUGUCUUCCAGCGCCUCAAAGAAGCAGGCCUAACAGUUAAAACGAAAAAAUGUCACUUGGGAGGUGCAGAGGUCGAAUACCUCUGUCAUAUAGUUGGCCAAGGAAAACGGAGGCCACUUGACCUAAAAAUAGCGGCCGUAAAAGAGUUCCCCAAACCUGUGACAAAAACGGACAUCAGAUCGUUCCUCGGUCUGACGGGGUAUUAUCAACAUUACAUCGCUAAUUAUUCAGAAAUUGCGAGCCCCCGACUGACGCGCUACGCAAGGGAGAACCCACGGAAGUGA